UCUGGGGCUCUGCGCGCCGUAUCGAGCAUCGACCUUCGACCCGACCGUAUCUGGCUCUCUCGCCCGGUCGCCCCGCGUUUCGGCCCCACCUCGUUCUUCCCUGGAAUCUAGCCAGCCAGACAGACUUCCGUCCCCCUCUAUCGCCGGCGGCGGAGAACCUGCGGCGAGACGAGAUGACGGUGGCUGCGGGGGUGGGGUACGCGCUGAUCGCGCUGGGCCCCGCCUUCUCCCUCUUCACCGGCGUCAUCGCCAAGAAGCCCUUCCUCGUCCUCACCCUCCUCUCCAGCACAUUGUUUUGGCUUAUAAGUUUGAUAGUCAUCUCGGGAAUAUGGAGGGGGUUUCUUCCUGUAAAAUCAGGAGCAUGGUGGCCAUAUGUACUUCUGAUCCUUACAUCUGUUAUGUUUCAAGAAGGCAUCCGUCUUGUCUUCUGGAGGCUUUACAAGAAAGUGGAAGAGAUGUUAGAUGCAUUUGCCGAUAGAAUAUCUAAACCACGUCUCUCUUUGACAGACAAGAUGCUCAUUUCUUUAACUGGUGGUUUAGGUCAUGGACUCGCUCAUGCAGUCUUUUUCUGUCUCAGCCUUUUAACUCCAGCAUUUGGUCGAGCCACAUUUUAUGUCGAAAGGUGCUCCAGGAUGCCAUUUUUCCUAGUGUCAGCCAUCAUUUCACUUGGAUUCUUGCUCAUCCAUACUUUCUCGAUGAUUAUUGCUUUUAAUGGAUAUGGAGAGAGAAAGAAAAGUGACCAGAUCUUUGUCCCAGUGGUUCAUUUGAUUGCUGCUGUAAUGACACUAAUUAACCUUGCGCCAGGAGGCUGUCUCAUUGGUACGCCUUUGUUAUGCGUCAUGGCUGCGGUUACCUUACAGUACUCAUGGCGAAUGGUAGAGCAGAGACUAACUGAGCAGCAGCAUCGUCAGUUUAACAGCUAGCGUUUGCCCUAUGCUCGUUGCAUGAAAUUUCAUCUUGUAGGCUUGUCUGUAUGUUGUUCUUUUGCUAGGACAACAGUGCGUAGAUUUAGUGAUUAUGCUACUAGCGUGCUAAGAUUAUUAAAACAAUGUUCACGGUGAGCCCGUGCCUUUCUGUUGGGUUGCUCCUGGUACUUCUACUGUGAUGAUCUUAUUGUUAUAUGGAUAGGUGCAAAGUUUCAUCGCUCA